UUAGAAAAAUGACAGACGAAACGAUUAAGAGUGAGUGGAAGGCAUUGUUUAAGUCAAUGGACUCCGAUGAAAAUGGUACUUUAACUAUCAUGGAAUUAUACAGGUUCCUAAUAGCUCUAGUAGAGGAGGAAACUAAAUCUAUAGAGAAAGCUGAGGAAGAGAUCAAGAUUGAGAAUGUGCGAGAUAUAUUUAAAACCUUGGAUAAAGACGGAGAUAGAGCUGUAAACUUUGAGGAGUUUUUUGAGGCUAUCAAGGAUCGGCUCAAUGAUGACACUUUUAAGGCAAUGCUGACUAAAAAGACCAAUAUCAGUAGGCAAAAGAGUGAGCAGUUUUCUGAGCAGGAAAUCGAGGAUCUGUUCUAUCAAAUAGAUGUAGACCGUAGUGGACAUAUCUCAAAAGAGGAGGUUUUGAAGGCCUGCAGAAGGAAACGAACAUCAAGCAGGCUGGGGAUAGAUGAUGUCGAGGAGUGGUUGAAUAAAACAGAUAGAGACGAGGAUGGGAAUAUUAGUCUCAACGAAUUCAAAUUUGCAUUCCUUGGAACAAACAUGAUUGAUAUCUAAUAACAAUUAAUAAUUAUGUUAAUUGUUAAAAACGUUGUGAUUAAAAUAUUUUAGGAAAUAGGUUUCAGCUCAACUAUGUAAAAUAUGUAAAAUAAAAUAUAUUAUCAGGUGCUUAACUGUACAAGCCUAAACUAACUUUAACAUAUUGCAAGCUUUGAAAAAUUGCUUACAGUUUAAUUGAUAUUCAAAUCAUGAAAACGUCCAAAAUAUCCUAAUAAACAUAAACCGUUUUUUUAUUCAGAAAUAGCGGUAGACUAUUUUGAUUCUGAAUAUCACGAUUUUCCAUAUUUUUUAUUUGUAUUGUCAAAAAAUAUUUAACAAUAUAGCUCACCUGCUGAGAAGAAUUAAGCUAUAUGCCUUAAUUUUGUAAUUUGACCUGAACACCGCUAUAAAAUAAUAAUAUUAAAAGCUAGCACACUUUUAUAUUUUUUUCU